CAACCAUGGGGUGCAUUAAAAGCAAAGAAGAUAAAGGUCCAGCCAUGAAAUACAGAACUGAUAAUGCUCCAGAACCUGUUAUUUCCCAUGUCAGUCAUUAUGGAUCAGACUCCAGCCAAGCAACACAGUCACCGUCAAUAAAGGGAUCAGCAGUUAAUUUUAAUAGUCAUUCCAUGACUCCUUUUGGAGGGCCUUCAGGGAUGACACCCUUCGGAGGAGCAUCAUCUUCAUUUUCAGCUGUGCCAAGUCCAUAUCCUAGUACUCUAACAGGUGGUGUUACUGUAUUUGUGGCCUUAUAUGAUUAUGAAGCUAGAACUACAGAUGACCUUUCAUUUAAGAAAGGUGAACGGUUCCAGAUAAUAAAUAACACGGAAGGAGACUGGUGGGAAGCAAGAUCCAUUGCUACGGGAAAAACAGGCUACAUCCCAAGCAAUUACGUAGCUCCUGCAGACUCCAUUCAAGCAGAAGAGUGGUAUUUUGGUAAGAUGGGCAGGAAAGAUGCAGAAAGGCUACUUUUAAACCCUGGGAACCAGCGUGGUAUUUUCUUAGUAAGAGAGAGUGAAACCACUAAAGGUGCUUAUUCCCUUUCCAUACGUGACUGGGAUGAGGUCAGAGGUGAUAAUGUGAAACACUACAAAAUCAGAAAACUUGACAAUGGUGGAUACUAUAUCACAACCAGAGCACAAUUUGAAUCUCUACAGAAGUUGGUGAAACACUACAGAGAACAUGCCGAUGGGCUGUGUCAUAAGCUAACAACCGUAUGUCCCACUGUGAAACCACAAACACAGGGACUAGCAAAAGAUGCCUGGGAGAUUCCUAGAGAAUCUUUGAGGCUGGAAGUUAAGUUGGGCCAAGGAUGUUUCGGUGAAGUAUGGAUGGGAACAUGGAAUGGAACCACAAAAGUAGCGAUCAAAACACUGAAACCUGGUACAAUGAUGCCAGAAGCUUUCCUGCAAGAGGCUCAGAUCAUGAAGAAAUUGCGACACGACAAGCUUGUUCCACUGUAUGCAGUUGUUUCUGAGGAACCAAUCUACAUCGUCACUGAAUUCAUGACAAAAGGCAGCUUGCUAGACUUCCUUAAAGAAGGAGAAGGGAAAUACUUAAAACUCCCACAGCUGGUCGACAUGGCUGCUCAGAUUGCUGAUGGCAUGGCUUACAUUGAAAGAAUGAACUACAUUCACAGGGAUCUCCGGGCAGCUAACAUUCUUGUAGGAGACAAUCUCGUGUGUAAAAUAGCAGACUUUGGUUUAGCAAGGUUAAUAGAGGACAAUGAGUACACUGCAAGACAAGGAGCUAAAUUUCCAAUUAAAUGGACUGCUCCAGAAGCAGCAUUGUAUGGUCGGUUUACAAUCAAGUCAGAUGUGUGGUCAUUUGGAAUUUUACUGACAGAACUGGUAACCAAGGGGAGAGUGCCAUAUCCAGGGAUGGUGAAUCGAGAAGUUUUGGAACAAGUGGAACGUGGAUAUAGGAUGCCUUGUCCACAAGGCUGCCCAGAGUCUCUCCAUGAGUUAAUGAAACUGUGUUGGAAGAAGGACCCUGAUGAGAGACCAACAUUUGAAUAUAUACAGUCUUUCUUGGAGGACUACUUUACUGCUACAGAACCACAGUACCAGCCUGGAGACAAUUUAUAAGCCAACAGUCUAUAUAACAUGCACAAAUCUGCCAAAUGUAAAAGACUUGCAAAGAAUUCCUGAAGUCUCUAAGGAAUCACAGGAAAGAAAAUCUUC